UUGAAACUUGCAAAAAAGGAAAUUGAAAGUUGUCGGCGCGUUAUCCGUAUAUGUAUGUGUAUAUAUUUGUUGUGACGCUUUCUAAACAAACAUUAUUCGCUAAUUCUCUCAGAUUUCACUUCACUUAGGGUUUCUUUCUUCUAAGCUUAGAGAGGCCAUCUUCAACUGUUUGCAAUGGCAGGACCAGAUUUGUUCUUUGUUAAGCUUCUCGGCAAAGGUUCGUUUGGUUCGGUCAGUCUCUAUCAAGGCGUACGCUACGACGGCGCUAUGGUCUCCGUAGCCGUCAAAACCUCGGACAGUCAACAUGCGGAGUCUCUAUUCAGAGAGGUUCAAAUACUGUCUGAAUUCAAAGGGUGUCCGAGAAUCGUCCAGUGCUACGAGACAAGAGUGGAAGCAAGUCUCAACCGAUUUAAUGGUAGCGUGGAGUACAAGAUUCCCUUGGGGUACGCUCCUGGUGGAAGCCUGAUGAGUUUCAUCAAAAAAUUCAAAGACAAUAAGCUGCCUGAUCCUCUGAUCAGAGACUUUACUCGUAUGCUUCUCCAAGGCUUAGCCACGAUCCACGCACACGGUUACGUUCACUGCGACCUCAAACCAGAGAACAUCCUCGUUUUCCCUAGCUACGCCUACAAGAACGGCGCGUGGAGAUCUUCUUUCGAGUUGAAGAUUUCUGAUUUCGGCUUGUCGAGAAGGGAAGGAGACAGUAGCUGGUGGGAACCUAAUCAUCCGUUCGCGGGAACAUCGAUCUACAUGUCUCCGGACUCGGUUUCUUACGGAGAGACAGGGAAAGACCUCGACUUAUGGUCGUUGGGGUGCUGUGUACUGGAGAUGUACACUGGGGAGGGACCAUGGUGGCAUAAGCACUAUGAAGUGGAUGAUCUCAUGAAUGGCCAAGAGCCGCUGAUUCCGAGUUACCUUCCUUUCGAAGCAAAACUCUUUAUCAUGACAUGCUUUGCGCCGAGAACAAAAGAUGCGACAAGGUUGUUGAGGCAUAUCUUCGUGCGUGGAGACGAUGAGAAGAAGAUGACACAGCCUUCUCCUAUGAAUGAUAAUAGCAAAGCAAAAAUAGCUUUGCAACUGGCGAACUUUGUCAGGAACAAUGUUUCUAAACCCCAAAACAUUCGUGUACCUGCUGCUGAAGUCUUACCUGACAAGACCAUAAUGGCCUAGCUUUGCUCCCUGUUCCAAUACUUUUUCUUUAAUCAGUAGUUCAUCUCGUUUAUUUUAAUUGAUUUAGUAGAGAAUUGUGUAUAUUGACUUUUUGUCUACAAACCAAUCUGAUACUGCAUCUUUUCUUCUUCUUAUUAUAUAUAUAUAUCUUUUCUCCUUUGAUUAGUUGAAUUGAAUGUGUAUGUGUAUAAGUUCGCUUGGAGAUUGUUUAUUUCUUUAAAUUGUAUAACUUCCAUGAUUAUCUGUAAUCACACUUAACUUAAGUUUAUCCUAGCUUUAACUUGGAGGUAACAGAACUGUUGCAGGAGGAAUACUCAAUCAACUAUUUCUUUAAUGGGAUGUUGGCAAGUAGACUAAAAGUUGUAUAAUACAGAUUCAUAUUCAACUGUUGCGAAAAAUAACAAUUUUUGAGCAUUGAUAUAACAAUUUUCCAAAUUUGGGGUUUUGUCGUUUACAACAAGUCAACAACAUAAGUUACAGAACACC